CAGGUAAACGUGCACAUCUUGGGGACAGGUAAACGUGCACGUUGUUGGCAGGAAUGUUGCAGUUUUUUACACAAACAUAUCAGAAUUGUUUCAGUGAUUCCAAAGAUCCCAAAUUAAAAGGACCGAGUUCAGAGGAUGAUGAUGAUGAUGAUGAUGAUGAUGGUGAUGAUGGUGAUGGUGAUGAUGAAGGUGAACUCUGAGGUAGAUGUCAGUCAAACAGACUCUCAGAUCUUCUGAUCAGAAACAAACUUUCUGAUCCUGAACAAAGAAUCCAAAAACAGAAAAAUGUUCAAACAGAGUUGAGCUGAAGGAUUUCAUGUCCUCAACCCGGACCGGACCGGACCGGACCGGACUGGACCGGUUCUCAUGUCUCUACAGCAGCAGGAGCAACAUCCAGGUGGACCCAGGAGUUCUGGGAGGUCCCUCAGGGUCUCGGCUCAGAAGAUCUGAACCUCCAACUGGACCAGAACCAGAUGUAGAACCAGACUCCGAGGGGCCAGAUGUAGAACCGGACUCUGAGGGACCAGAUGUAGAACCAGACUCUGAGGGACCAGAUGUAGAACCAGACUCUGAGGGACCAGAUGUAGAACCGGACUCUGAGGGACCAGAUGUAGAACCAGACUCUGAGGGACCAGAUGUAGAACCAGACUCUGAGGGACCAGAUGUAGAACCGGACUCUGAGGGACCAGAUGUAGAACCGGACUCUGAGGGACCAGAUGAGCUGAAGAACCUCCAGCAGCCAGAUCAAGAGUCCAAGUCCUGCAGGUCCACUUUGUGACCUGGGUUCCUGGAGUCCAAAAGGUCCAGAAGAAUCCAUCAGGGCCAAGUCCUG